AUGAAGCCAUUGAAAAGAUUCGAUCUCGUAUGCUUGCUUCGCAAAGUAGACAAAAGCUACGCCGAUCCAAAGCGUAGUGGAUAUCGAAUUUCAAGUGGGAGACUCGUAUUUCUUCGAAUAUCACCUAUAAAAGGGGUGCGUAGAUUUGGAAAGAAAGGAAAGUUGAGCCCUAGAUACAUUGGUCCUUUUGAGAUACUGGAGCGGAUAGGACAGGUGGCCUAUCGAUUAGCUUUACCACCCGCGUUAUCCGGGGUGCAUAAUGUCUUCCAUAUCUCUAUGUUGAGAAAGUACGUGUCAGAUCCGACACAUGUUUUGAGUUACGAUGAUAUUGAGCUCCAGACAGACUUAUCUUAUAAUGAACAACCUAUCCAGAUUUUAGACAGAAAGGAGAAAGUACUUCGAAAUAAAACGAUCCCUCUGGUUAAAGUCCUAUGGAGGAAUAGUAAAGUUGAGGAAGCGACUUGGGAAUUAGAGUCACAGAUAAGGGAGUUGUUUGACAACCUUGGAGACUCGAUCGGGGGCUAG